GCUUUUAUUGUUAUUUAAGUUACCUUUUGUGCAUGCAUCUUCUACUACCUCAGAGCAAUCAGCUCAUUGAUUUUAAAGUUUGACUUCGAAUCCUAAGAAUUGCAUUUCACUUCCACACAAACAUCUUGUGAACCUUGAAUAGGUUCAUGUGAAGUUAACACAUACAGGUAUCGUCUUGUACAUACAUUUGAUACAGUAAAUGUAUUUAAAUGAUGCAUGAACUGUGAAGGGGUUCAAUGAUCAUGGACUUUUGUAUUUUUAAAACACUUAUUAAAAUAUCUUCAUUUCAAUUUAGUCUCGAUUUGCUUCGGACACAUUUGAUUACCCUAUUUAUACCAGAUUUGAGUAGCCAUGUCAGACCAAUAUGAAAAAGCCAUGAAGUAUUAUUCCUGGUGUUUGAGCUGUCCCAGUACCCACAGCGAGAAUCAGCAAAUGUAUGAUGAAUGGGCUGAAACAUAUGACAAGGAUCACAAACUAUUAGAUUGCAAUGGACCACAAUAUCUUGCAAAUGCAGUGGCAGAUUUUUUUCCACAACACCGACAAGAUAUUUGUAUACUAGAUGUCGCUGCUGGCACUGGUCUUGUAGGUGAAGAAUUGCAGAAAUUAGGGUUUUGCAAUAUAGAAUCACUGGAACCCAAUAAGAACAUGAUUGCAAUUGCUAAAAAGAAGAAUGUUUACAGAAAAUAUUUUGAAGAGAAUAUACCCGAAACAGGCAGCACAAAUAUUGGCAAAGAUGUGUAUGAUGUAGUUGUAUGCCGGGGAGGAUUUGGUGGAGGCUGCUUACCAAUAAAUUCACUGUCUGAAAUGUUGCGAGUGACAAAGCCAGGAGGAUAUGUUGCAAUAAAUACAAACCCAAAAACCUUUGAUGUUGUUCCAAUGUAUGCUAAUAUAUUUGUACCACUUAUGAAAAAUCUCGAAGAAUUGGGCCAAUGGAAAAAAGUGAAGGAAGAACAUCAUAACAAUUACAUUGCUGGGACAACUGGAAUAAUACUUGUAUUUCAAAAGACACCCCAACAUAUACGGAAUUGCUAAAGAUUAGUUU